UUUCUGUUUUCUAUUUUCGUGAGACAACGCGAUCCUUCGAUAAAUUUGUUAAACAGUUCUUAUCUUUCGUUAUCUCUGGAUUCCUUUGUUGAGAGAGAGAAUCAAAUGGCAAGGUUCAUCGGCAGGACGCUCCUCCGUCAAGCCACCGGCGCCCACUCCCUGAAAGACGGCAGCUCCGCCCCCCGCGUGGCGGUGACUCACCAGCGGCACCGAUCGUCCCAAGCCACGAAAUUGAAACCCCAAUCAUCGAAGAAGGAGAAAGAGGGAGAGGAAUACGAUGUGGCUCUGAAGCUUCUAGACGAUCACAUACACCGGAUUCUGGUGAAGAAGGCAACGCCCGAUUGGCUCCCUUUUCUUCCGGGAUCCUCGUUUUGGGUCCCACCGGCGCCUUCAGCUUCCAACGUCGCAACGUUCGUUCACAAUUUCACCAACCACCUCACCAAUCAGCAUCUUCAGCAGAAGCAGCUUCAGAAGCAGCCUCUUUCCGUCUCCACCAUCCGUGGUUGGCCCUCCUCUCAGCAUUUCUUCGUUCAAGAGAAUGCAUCUCCUCAUGGUGGGGAUACUGGGUUGGAGUUGAAUAGCCCGGAAACCAUGGACAUGUCAGUGCAAGUCAAGGUUCUCACAUUUCCGGAGAACAUAACUCUCUCAGAAGAUGAGGAAGGAUGAUCUCUGAUUCACCUUAGCCCGUUGCUCUGGGUCACAACCUGAUCUCAUGGAGAAGGCCAAGAUGGGAGUGAGGGGACUCUGAACUAUUUGAAGAUAGAGAUUGAGAAGCAAGGAUAAUGCAUUCAACUGGGAAAUCGUACAGGUGCUGAGGUGCAGUACUGGUGGUUUGGGAUUAACCUUCUCUACUUAGUCUCAAUGUUUUGUACAUAGUUGGUUAGUGAACAGGUUAAUUAAAUAACCAGUAUAUGUUGAAUAAUUUCAAUGUUGUCACUUUGAACCUAUUUACAUGGGUUAUGUAUGUAUUCAUGAAAGUUGAAAACUAUUAAAGAGAAGUUUUUUUUAACA